UUUAUUCUUAUUUCUAUUCGUUUCUCGAGGUAAAUAUUCUUAGGCUCGUAGACGCCAUGGCUCCCGCGAGUUUCCUGGAAAAGCUCAGAAAUAUUACUGAUUCUGCGGCGGACGUCGACUCUCUUCUUCAGGAUGUUGCAAAAGGAGUAUGUGCCAGGGAGGUGACACUUCAGGAGGUGGUGGAGGGCCUUGGUCCGAGCCUGACCCACCAGAAGUCAUGGGAGCGAGAGGUGGGGACGCGCUUCCUGGCCCGCCUACUAGAUAAGCUCCCACCCACCUACCUCAAUCCUGCCGAGGCCUCCUUCAUGGCGGCGUUCCUCGUCAACCGGCUACAAGACCAUCAUGCUGUCCUGCCUGCCGUGUUCCUCUGCUCUUUGGCUCUGGUGAAGCAGAAGAACCUGGGGGAUGCUGAGGUGCAGAGCAUAUUGGAGGGCAUCUUCGGGGAGGCGCAAGUACAGUCCCAUGUCACAAAGGACCGCCAGACUGUUUUCUUGCUCCUGAAGUACUGCCUCGCUAACAGACUGACCGCACUCAAGGAGAUGGGGUUACCACUGCUAUCGGGCUUGAUAGGAGCCAUUGACGGGGAGAGGGACCCACGUAACCUGCUGUUGGUGUUCUCGUUGGUGGCAGAGGUAGUGCACAGCGGCCUUGCUCUCCAGCCCUUUGUCGAAGAGUUGUUUGAGGUGGUUGCAGCUUACUUCCCGAUAGACUUUGUUCCGCCUCGUAACGAUCCCUAUGGCAUCCAGGCUGAGGACUUGGUGUUGGGGCUGCGUGCAGUGCUGGCUUCCACACCUGCCUUUGCCCCUUUCUUCCUCCCCCUCUUGAUGGAGAAAGUGGACUCUAGCCUCACCUCUGCCAAGCUCGAUUCACUUCAUACCCUGGUGGCCUGCUGUGAUGUGUACAAAGCUGAGGACCUCCAGCCCCAUGCCAGCCUUCUGUGGGUCAGUCUGCGUCGUGAGGUGAUGGAGGGGUCUGAUAGGACUGUCGAGGAAGCAGCCCUCUCGGCCCUCACUGCUGUUGUGCGAGUCCUUGAGGUGGGACUGACGACCUCUGCCUCUCAUGCUGCUGUUGCAUCUAUCGUGCAGUCGGCUUUAGCAGAGUGUGGCAGCCACCUGGAGGCACCGGAGCAGCGUCUCAUGUGGCCGAGCGUCCGACUCUUAAUGGCCCUGGUGUUGGCUGCCCCGGGGCCUGCCACUACUAUCCUCGGCAAAGUGGUGCCUCAGCUGGUCAGGCAGAGCGUGAAGCAGGAUGGCAGCAACUCUCCACUCGCCCUCCAGAACACGAUAUCCGCCUUAGCCAUGAUACUUGAAGCAGCUGCCAAACAUUCCCAUCUGGUGCAGGAGGAUGGCCUCCUGACACAGCUAGCAGGACAGGUCUGGGAGUCCUUCAGUAGUGGCCUGUCCUCUGCUGACCCCCAGGUGCAGGCCACCACCCUGACCGCCCUGCCUGCUGCCCUGCCCGCAUUGCCCUCCUCAUACCUCCAGCAGGCUGCUACACAACUCACUGCCCUGCUCCUAGACCCAUCCACCUCCACCUCUUCUUCCCGUUCCCUAAAAGAGGGCAUCAGGACGUGCCUAGUGAGGCUGGGCAAGCACAACCCUGAGGUCAUCCUGAAUCACACUCUACCACCUCUACUGGCCACACUGCACUCUGGGAGCGAGGCAGCUACAAGAGAGGCCGAGGAGCAGGUGCUGGAGAGCCUUGUGUCACUCACCACCAGCCGGAGAGUGCUUGCGUCCCUGCUGCCGGAGGUCUGGAGCCGGGCGGAAGCACUGCUGGCGGAUGGUGGUGAGGAACGUUGCCACCUCUACCUCUCCGCUGUGGACAAGAUGGUGAGCAGCAGAGUUGAGGACGCUGAGAGCCAACGCUUUCUGCUGGAGGAGUGGAAAGGGACCGAGUGCAUCUUGGCUCUGUUCAGCGGCCUGGCCCGAAAGCAGCCCUCAGCCCCACACCUCCCUGGCCUCCUCUGCCUGGCCUCCACGCUGCGCACCCUUGUGGCUUUGGAGAGCCAGCCCCAACCCCUCAUCCACCAACUAGUAUGCCAGGCUGUGGGGGUGACCAAGGACUGCACGGAGGGAAUGGUUGCCUCGGACAUGCCGCUGCUGCCUAAUACAAGCCCAGAUAUGAAGGACCUCCUCGCCACAUCCCUGGACCAUACUCACCCAAAUGGCCCGAAUAUGCUGUAUGUGUUGGAAGGAUUGGUGGGAGGAGCUCAACGUCUGCCCGAGGAGGAUGACUGCAUGCUGAGUCUGCUGAAAAAGGUGCGAGUGUUCAGCACCUCCACGGCUGACCCAGCGCUGAGAGAAGUGGCGGUACUCCUCCAUGCGGCAACCCUCAACAAACUGCCGGAAGGUGCACAGUUGUCCCAAGCAGAGGAGGAGGCAAGGACAGACACAGAGGCAGACUUAGACUCGGCGCAACCCAACGAGAGGCGUCUGGCAGCCCUCAACAUCACCACCUGGACUUGCAAGGCCCUGGUGGUCCGAGGCUCAAACCUGCAGCACUGGUGGACGAUGAAGCUUCUCUCCCUGAUGAAAGAUCCACAGCUGGGAGUUCCUGCCGCUCGCUGCCUCGAGAUGAUCGUCAAGGAACAUCCCCAUGCCCUCCGCCAGCACUACCACGCUCGGAUAAGGUUAUUGCACAAACAGAGGUUCUUUGAGGGUGUGGUUGGGCCUCUGGUGGAGACAUUCAGCUCGUCCCAAGGGUCUCCCCAGUCCUGCUGUCUGGUGGCCUUGUGCUCCCUGCUGCCCCACCUCUCCCAGCUCAUCCUGGCCCCUCAUGUGCAGAAGGUGCUGCCAGUGGUCCUCCAGGGCUUGGCGAGUGAUGGGGAGCAGGUGGUGGUGGAGAGUGUGGUGGGGACACUGGCUUCCCUCCUCAAGCACAGUCCUGACCCUGCCACCUCCCACCUCUCCUUCCUCCUCCCGGCCCUCCUCAGACUCACCUCCAAUCAGCCCAUGACUGUGCGGAUGAAGGCCCUUGAGUGUCUGGAUGCCCUGGCCACUCUUCCCACCACGCCUAUACUGCCUUACCGUGAUGAUGUGCUACAGGGGCUGAAGGCUGUCCUGGACGACCACAAGCGUGUCGUGCGUCAAGCGGCCACCAACACACGCAGCACCUGGGUGAUGGUGGGUGUGCCCGGAGGCUCGUAGCACACCAGUGAGGUAUUGACACACCACAGAAAGUCUGAGUUGAUGUGGGGCUAUUUUUUAUCAUAGUAAACACGCCACAGAAAUUCAUACUCAUAGUCUUCUGAUCAUGAGGUCCACUGAAAUGAAGGUUAUUGUAUUUGAAACCAAUGAAUUGAAAUGGGGUUAGUUUUGAUCAUAGUAAACACACCACAGAAAGUCAUAGGAAUAGUUUCUUUUGUUAUAUUGAGAUCCGUUGGAUAGAGGGUUCGUUGUACUUGAAACUAGCACAUAUUAUUUUAAGGUAAUGCAAAGGUAAUGGCAAAUGAGGUCAGCUUACACGAAUUAUCGCAGGUUUUCUUACUUAAACUUAUUGGUGCAAAAUGGUUGAGUUACCCAGUUGAAGGUAUGAGUGGCUGCUAUAAGAUUUGAUUUGUUAUGAGUCCCAAGCAUAAUACAAGCAAUGGCAGCAUAUUCUUAAAGUUUGUUAUAAUGUGUAAAGGGCUAAGGAAGGGAGCAGCACUUAUGGAUUCUGUGCUUUUGUUGGGCAUCUAUGGAAGAUUACCUCAAAUAACAAGGGAUAACUGCAGCAAAAUUUUCAGCCCGAGAAGCACACUUUUUUAUGGGGGUACUUGUUAUAUCGUCUCUUAAGUCCUGUAGUUCAGUGUUUUUUUAUGAUUUUAUAUUAAGCAAGAGACCUUUUGGAAGUAAGAACUACACUGGUGCAUUAUAAAGACAUGGGACAGGGUAUAUUAAUGUGUUUAGCAAAUAUUAUUAUACACUGAUUUAACUGCAAAUAGUGAAUUACAUAUUAAUGAGUCUGUUUUUUAUAUUAAUUAAUUGUUGCUAUGAAUUUUGUCCACCCAAAUGUAUGUAUAUAUAGUUUAUACAUAAAAAGUUUGUUGCUAUAUGAAUUUUCA